AAUUUUCGUGCGUCGUGCGCGCCAUUUUCAUUUUUCAUCCAUGGGUGUGCUGGGAUCUGCACGUGAUUCAGAAGCACAGCGUGCGUGGCGUUAAACCUGCUCAAUAAGGAAACGUGCAUUUCAUUAUUAUGUGACUACAUUUUUUUGAUAAUGGAGUAUCAUUGACGGUUAUCGGGCGUUUUGGACCAAAUGGCAGAUUUCCUGACAUUGGUAGCUGCGUACAUGGUGUUCUUCUUGUUGGCAAGCUACAUCAUUCUGUGUGGGGACAGUGAAUUUCACCGUCAUGGUAUUGUCGGGAAGAUACGCAGUGGAGUUGUACAGAUCAUAGCAUUCCUAUUUUAUGUCUGCUUCCCAGAGCGUUUGCAGAAUUUUGCCAGUGAGAUCAUCACAUAUCUCUUUUACAAAAGAAACCACUACAUCCAGGCUUUGUACAUAGCUAUAUUCUCGGGGGUCCUGUGGGUAUUUGCCACCCAAGUCCACCCCAGUGCCCAGGCACUUGAUCUCCCCUCAAUCUACAUCAUCGCUCCGUACGUCAGCAUGGCAGUCAACCUGGCCAUCUUUGUCACCUGCUGUCGGAGCGACCCGGGGGUUAUAACGAAGAAGAACCACACUAAGUAUGCCAGCGUGUUUAAGUAUGACGGUGUGCUCUACCAGGAGGGAACGCUUUGCCAGACUUGCAGGUUCGUCAAACCCGCACGAUCAAAGCACUGUGCUUAUUGUAACCACUGCGUCCACCGCUUUGACCACCACUGCUCCUGGGUCAACAACUGCAUCGGUGGACGCAACGUCCGUUAUUUCCUUCUCCUCCUUGCCAGCAUCGCGUUUGUGACGCUCUACGUGUCCUACGUCACCGGCCGUGUCUUGCAAGGAAUUGCAGCCACGUCGGGUGUCUGGCAGGCAGGCUACAUGGGGAAGGAUGGACAAUUUCAUCAGGUCGACUCGCGCAUAGUUUUCCAGCAUCUGUUUAUUCAACUACCAGGGCCGGUUUUCCUGCUGACUUCCCUCCUCCUUCUGGGCAUCCUCAUUACCGUCUUCCUCUCUUACCACCUCUUCCUCCUCGCUUCCAACCAAACCACCAAUGAGAGGUACAAAAGGUCUCGGGUCACGGUCGAGGUCACCGGCUCAGGAGGAAGUGGUAAAAAGAGAGAGCAAUCGUUGCGCCAAAGUCGCAAACAGUACUGUCCCCGUGCUGGGCGGACUUACGAUAGGGGAUUUGUGGCAAAUAUAUUGGAGAUCAUUUUCCCUCCUUUGUGACACUGUGUUUUAGUUUCGCUUUUAAACCCAUUAUCUCAUACCAUCUGUUUUCAAUUUUGAUUGGAGUUUUACUUCCGUUGUACAUUUUCAAUGACCAUGGGCGUCGCCAGGAUUUUUUCUAGAGGGGGCUAAACAUAUUUUCCCCAAAAA